CGCCACCAGACCAGCUCUCCAGCACCGCACAGCUCUCCACCGAGCCUCUGCACAUCCCCUCGGCCCAGUCCCGCUCUCGCACCAGCUCGUCGCGCCUCUCCCAAAAAGCCUCAGCUCCUCCCCGCCUCGUCCAGCUCGCGCAAGAUGGGCAUCGACCUCCUCCAGCUCCAGAACGACAAGGGCGGCAACUUUGAGGCCGUCGCCGCCUCGCAGAAGAAGCGCAACGCUCCCGAAGAGCUCGCACACGACGUCCUCGCCAUGUACAAGGAAUGGACUAAGACCCAGUUCGACGUCCAGCAGCUGCAGAAGGAGGUCAACAAGAUUCAGAAGGAGAUCGGCCAGAAGAUGAAGGCCAAGGAGAGCGCCGACGAGCUCAAGGCGCAGAAGGCCGACCUCGACAAGCAGAUUGCCGGCCUGAACGCGCAGGCGGUCGAGCAGGAGACGACGAUGCGCAAGAAGGGCAACCAGAUCGGCAACAUUGUGCACGAGAGCGUGCCCGUCAGCAACACCGAGGACGACAACGAGGUCGUGCGGACGUUCUACCCGAAGGACGCCAACGGCGACUCGGCUCCGCCUGUCAAGGGCUCCGGCCUGACGAUGAAGGAGGGCGUCAUCUCGCACCACGAGGUCAUGUACCGGCUCGGCAUGCUCGAGAUGGACCGCGGCACCAAGGUCGCCGGCCACCGUGGCUACUACCUCGUCGGCGACGGCGUCGACCUCAACCAGGCGCUCAUCACCUACGGCCUCGAGUUCCUGCGCGAGAAGGGUUACACCAAGAUCCAGCCGCCGUUCUUCAUGAACAAGAGCAUGAUGUCCAAGACGGCCCAGCUCGAGGAGUUUGACGAGGCGCUGUACAAGCUCGAGGGCGCCAACGAGGACCAGGAGAAGUACCUGAUCGCGACGUCCGAGCAGCCCAUCUCGGCCAUGCACGCCGACGAGUGGUUCGACCAGCCCAACGAACAGCUCCCGAUCAAGUACGCCGGCUACUCGACCUGCUUCCGCAAGGAGGCCGGCUCGUCCGGCCGUGACGUCCUCGGCGUCUUCCGGGUCCACCAGUUCGAGAAGGUCGAGCAGUUCUGCAUCACGGACCCGUCGUCGUCGUGGGAGAUGUUUGACCAGAUGAUCGCGUCGUCCGAGGCGUUCUACCAGUCGCUCGGCCUGCCGUACCAGCUCAUCGCCAUCGUGUCGGGCGCGCUCAACAACGCGGCCGCCAAGAAGUACGACCUCGAGGCGUGGUUCCCGCACCAGGGCGAGUACAAGGAGCUCGUCUCGGUCAGCAACUGCACCGACUACCAGUCGCGCUCGCUCGAGAUCCGCUGCGGCAUCAAGAAGCAGGGCGAGGCCAAGAAGGUCUACGUCCACAUGCUCAACGGCACCCUGUGCGCCACCGAGCGCGCGCUCUGCUGCCUCGUCGAGAACUACCAGACUGCCGAAGGCGUCGUCAUCCCGGAACCGAUGCGCAAGUACAUGGGCGGCCGCGAGUUCCUUCCUUACGUGCGGGACCUGCCCCCGAAGGUGGCCGAGAAGGCGUCGAAGAAGAAGCACUGAGCGACCGACGAGGGGUUGAAGGCCUGUACUCGAGAUUUGGAUAGACAGGGCGAUGCUCGGCGCAACUCGCACUUUGCUCUCGAGAU